CCGCCACGCGCCGACUCCACCGCCGACUCCACGGUGGAACGUUUGAACGAUCGAGAACGUUUUAGCGAACGACGACUUAGCGACUUAGCGACUUAACGACUUUCACGAACGAGGAUCUGUACAAGGGCUACAAAUCAGAUCUGUACAAGAGAUACAUCCUCAAGGGCUUGACACCUGAUUUCAACGUGCAUAACAAGCUUAGGGAUCACUGGGAUGCGUUUGUGGCAUACAAGACUGGAUUGCAAGGGCAAGCACAGAUAGAAAAGAACAAAGCCAAUGCAGCUAAGAAGAAAUACCAUCACCGACUUGGGUCAGGUGGAUAUGGAAAGGCAAUCCCUAAGUGGGACAAGUUGGAAGCUGACUUGAUAGCAAGGGGUAUCGAGCCGGCCACGGCUAAUUGGCCUGAGCGAUCGAGGAACUAGUUCUAUGCACAUGGUGGAUCGCUCAAUCCAGGUGAUGGCUCCCUCAUAUUCGGCGAUGAGAUUCGAGAUGCAGCACGCCGACUUGCGGAUGCAAUUGAAGCCUCUACGCAGGGGACUUUCUGGCCCGACAGAGAGAAGGACGAGCUCACCCUCGCACUACAGAAUCCUGAGCAUCCAGGGCGAACGUGAGGAAAAGGCGUCCUUCCUUGGAAAUAUGGAUUCAAAGAGGACAUCCACACGUAUAGGAGUCGGAUGAGGAGCAAGAGGAAUACAGAGGCUAAGAUUGUCGAUCUUGAGUACAGGGUGUCCACCUACGAGGCAAGGAUGCAAGAGGAGGUGACAAGACAGGUGGACUAACGCCUGGCCGAGCAGCGCGGAAUGGAAAGACAAGCGCCUGUCAUGGUGAGCCCCUCGGGCAACCACAGCAGCUGCGCAUCAAUGGGCCAAGUUGGAUCAGAGGGCAUUGAGGCAGUGGCAGCUCACGAAGCAACCCACUUUCCCGUUGAUGAUAUCACGCAGCGAACACCCUGCGAUAUGCAUACUCCCUUCAGGAACUUGUCUAUCAAGGUAUGCGAAAUGCGAAAUUUGUUACAUAUAUAUGUUGAUUAGUAAUUAAUGAACUAUAUUUCUUGUGAAGGUUGCGUCGGGCAUGGCCAUACCCACGGACCCUUCGAGUACAUACCAUUGCAGGCCCAUUACACAUGGAUAUGCGAAGGUCGAGAUAGAGCUGGUGGAACGAACCUACAAGGAUCUCGAGCUUGACAUCCCCGGAGGAGACGGGGAGAAGAAACUUGGAGACACAGCCCACGCCAUCAUACUCUGGUGUAAGAAGUACAUCGUGUUUCCCGGGCAAGAACGGCCGCCCGCUCCUCCUUCCCCGCCGCAAGCACAGUCUCCUCCGCCAUCACCGCCUCGUCAGUCUCCUCCGGCUCCAUCCCCUGCACCACCACCUCCUCCGCGUGCACCAGCUGCCAAGUCUGCACCGCCAGGCCCGCGGGCAACUACUCCUCCGCGUGCACCUGCUGCCAAGUCUACACCGUCAAGGUCCCGCCCAUAUGAACCUGCACCAUCAAGGCCGAAGAAGAAAGCCAGAUCUGACGAGCCACGGCUCCCCGCUCUCAAGAAAAGGGCGUACGACUUGACUCCGGAGGAGCUCGAUGAAGCCGUUAGAGCGGAAGUUAGGGAGCAGUUGAAGCCACGUAGUCCGGAAAAGAAGAUCCCUAUAGCCCCGGAGGUUCAGGAUCACUUUAUUAAGAUGGCCGAACCGGGCAAACCGGUUGGAGUUUCUGACUAUGAUCGAACAUUGAGGAAGGCUCUUAAAGCCAAGCCUUCAGCAGUGAAGUGCGGAAAGGAAGUCCCUCAGCUGGGGCAACAGCCACGACAAGAGGUUGAACCGUUAGUCGUAGAACCGGCACAACUAGAGAUAUGCAACUUCCUGAAAGAUACGGGACUGGGUAUGGAGCAGUUGCUAGAGGACGCACCUAUCGAAACGGCUCCGGUCAUGUACACGUUUAAACUCGGUGAACCGCUAGUCACGCCUGAUAAGGUCAGAGAGCUACCUACACAGAUGUACCGGUUCCAUCAAUGGUACAUGGACAAAUCAGCGAUGGGUAGAGAGAUGUUCGGAGCUAGGGUGCGAAACUCAGAUUAUUACCAAGGAGAAGAUGUUAUUUGGAUCCGCUACAAAGAAGUCUUCGACUUAUACCACCUGAAAGCCCUCGACAUCUCUAUUCUCAGCACGUGGACUUUAAUGGAGAUUCAGUUGUGCCGUCAACACAACAAAUUCGAUACUGGAUUCAUGGACCCACGCAAAGUGAGCACGCUGAUGAUACAACAAUACGAUAAACAAACCGAGAACAAUAUCGUCCAUUUCCUAGUGCAACAUCAUUAUAAGAGGUUCAUACUACUUCCCUACAACACAUCAUUCCAUUGGGUCCUUCUUCUUUUCGACCUUGAGAAAUCCAAAGUUCAUGUCUACGAUUCAAUGGAUAAACCGGAGAAAACUUUCGCAAAGAUUUUUGAAGUGAUAGAUAGAGCAUGGAUUCGGUUCCGUACAUUGGUCCGCGGGAUCUGGAAUGAAAAACUCACCCGGAGGUUCAAUUUUCCGUGUGCAAAGCAGGAAAAGGGGACUAACUUGUGCGGCUACUACGUAUGCCAUUACAUGCACUGCUUAGCACACCAAAUCAGGACUGGCCAGGACCUUGAAAUGAUUUACCUGAUAGAUAACACCACCCACGAUGAUUUCAUAAGGGCUGUUCAAGAACAGAUAAUGGGAUUCAUCAACAAGCAAAUUCUCGAUCCCACAGGAGAAUUUUAUUAUGAUGGAUCGACUAUUCAUAAAGCCGGUCCUUCUUCUUCCGAUGCCACCAAGUCGUAGUAGCAGAAACAAAGAUUACAACGUCCGAACGAAUUGUAAUAUAUAUAUCUAUAUAUUCAUAUAUGCACACAUGCAUUUACUUUUGCGUACUUGGUUUGGUAAUAUAUGUGUAUUUUACUUACUUGCAAACUCAUAUUUUGUUAAUAUAUAUA